AUGGCCGCGUACUUGACGCACCAGCAGAAGGUGCUGCGGCUGUACAAGAAGUCCCUGCGGCACCUCGAGUCCUGGUGCAUCCAUCGAGACAAGUACCGCUACUUCGCCUGCCUCCUGAGGGACCGGUUCGAUAAGAACAAGAAUGUGAAGGAUAUGGUGAAAGCCACCGAGCUGCUGAAGGCCGGCGAGGAGGAGUUCUGGGCCAACCAGCACCCGCAGCCGUACGUGUUCGCCGACUCCCCCGGCGGCGUUGCCUACGAGAGAUACGAAAUGUACAAGAUUCCUGAAUGGUCCUUGGAUUUCUGGCACCCUUCUGAGAAGGCAAUGUAUCCCGAUUACUUUGCCAAACGAGAGCAGUGGAAGAAACUGCAACGGGAGAGCUGGGAAAGAGAGAUUAAGCAGCUACAAGAAGAAACUCCAGCUGAUGGUCCAAAAACCGAAGCUUUGCCUCCAGCUCGUAAGGAAGGGCAUCUGCCCCCCAUGUGGUGGCAUCAUGUCACUCGACCUCGUGAACAGCCCAUGUGA